UAUUUUCAUAUGUACCUGUUUGAGGUUAGAACAUAUCAAAGUUUUUAAAAUGUCUAAGAAGAUUAAUAAUUUAAAAUGGGAAUCAGUCGCUUUUGAUGGAUUCCCAACAUCUAUGAUGGAUAAGGGUUUUGUAGCUUUAGAAGAAUGCACGGACUAUGGUUUGGAUAAAAACAGUCGACGCAGCAAGAAGGCUAAGAAACCUGAAAAGCGAAAGAACAUCGAAAAUAUAAAUCCACAGACGGCUAAAUCAGAAGUACCACAGAAAAAAAUUAAACUAAGCAAUGGUUUCACUGUAGAGGCUUGUAAGAACAUAACACCAUCGACUACCAAUGAUGCUAAAGAUACAAAAAAGAAACAAAACAGAAAGGAGAAAAAGAAUAAAAUCAAACAAGUUAAUCAAAAUUCCACAGAUGUUACAACAAAUUCAAAAGCCACGGUAAAAAAGAACCGGAAACCAAAAUUAGGCGAAAAUGCAUCAGGAGAAACAUCAGAUUUAACUCCGGUGGACAUGCUAUCCUGGGCUGAAUUUAAAUUGCCUGAAGAGAUUUUGAAAGCGUUAAUGGAGUUAGGUUUUAAGCAGCCUACUAAAAUUCAACAAUUGUCUCUACCAGCAGCUAUCCAUGGUCGAAGAGAUAUCCUCGGUGCUGCCGAAACAGGCAGUGGAAAAACUCUAGCUUUUGGGCUUCCUAUCCUAUCUGGUAUAAUGAAACUCAAAGAAAAGGCAGCACUAAAAGGACUUGAUGUUUAUGAUAUACCUUACAGGAAGAGUUCAGUUAAAAAGAAAAGCGAGGAUAUUAUUACUAAGGAUAAAAAAAAUAAUAAGAAUAAGAAGUUUAGAAAAGACCAGAGACAAUUUAGAAAUAAGAAAGAAGUAAACAAAGAAUCAUCAGAAGAUGGUUACAUUAGUGGUGAUGACAAUGAAGAUGAACAAAUAAGUAGUAAGGAAACUAAAGAAGAAUCAAUCGAUGAAGGCAAUGAUAGUGAUGAACAGAACUACAUUCACUUAUCAGAUAUGUUUGACUCUGAUGAUCUGAAAUCAAGUGACGAGGAUAGUAAUGAUGCUGGUGAAGAUGAUGAUGGUGAUGAAACUUAUGGUGUUGAUGAAGUUGAUACAAAUGAAGAAGGUAUUGGAUGCGUUAAAGUCAUAGACAAUAUAGACUUGCCUGGACAUGUGACGGUCAAAACUGGGAAACCACUGUAUUGUCUAAUCUUGACACCGACAAGGGAAUUAGCGUUACAAAUUAGCAGACAUUUGAUCGCUGCAGCUAAGUAUACAGGUAUAAAAGUAGCGACAAUUGUUGGCGGUAUGGCGGCUGUGAAGCAAGAAAGAGUGUUGCGAUCAGGUCCGGAGAUAGUGGUAGCGACACCAGGUCGUCUGUGGGAGCUGCUGAGCCAGGGGCAACCGCAUUUACAACAACUGCCUACUGUCAAGUUUCUGGCUAUAGAUGAGACGGACCGUAUGAUAGAACGUGGCCACUUCGAUGAGUUACAGCCGCUGCUCGAGAGACUCAACUCGGACGAAGCGCAUAAAAACGCUCGACAGAACUUCGUGUUCUCAGCGACACUUACACUGGUACACGAUCUGCCAGCACAUAUGAGGGGUAAAAAGGUAACAAAAAGAGGGAAGAUAUUAAACAGAAAGGUAGAAAAGAUGACGCCGCAGCAGAAAAUCAAGAGAUUAAUUAAUAUGAUCGGAAUGACAGAUCCUAAAGUUGUAGACAUCACUACACAGUUAGGUACAGCAGAGACUCUAACCGAGAGUCGUAUUGCUUGUUCUUUAGAUCAGAAGGACGUAUACCUAUACUAUAUAUUAAAAAGACACCCGGGACGAACAAUAGUCUUCUGUAAUUCGAUUGGCAGUGUGAGGAGGCUAACCCAACUACUGUCUUUGUUAAAAUGUCAACCGUUACCCUUGCACGCGAGUAUGCCGCAAAGACAGAGGUUGAAAAAUCUUGAAAGAUUCCGCGACGAUCCACUCGGUGUUCUCGUAGCGACUGACGUCGCAGCGAGAGGGCUGGACAUACCCAACGUUGAUCACGUGAUACACUAUCAAGUACCUAAGACGGCUGAGAACUACGUGCAUCGAAGCGGUCGUACAGCUCGCGCUACCAAGGAAGGUCUAACUAUACUCAUGAUGGAGCCCGCCGAAGCUUACUCCUAUGCGAAACUCUGCAGAACUCUCAAUAAAACGUCGGAGAUCCCGUCGUUCCCGGUGGCGGCGCAGGGCGCGGCGCCCGCCCGGGAGCUGGUGGCGGCGGCGCGCGCGCUGGAGGCGCUGCAGCUGCGCGCGCGCCGCCUGCGCGCCGCCGCCGCCUGGCGCGCGCGCGCCGCGCGGGACAUGGACAUGCUCCUCGACGACGACGACGUUCCAGACGUACAAGUUGAUCCCUCCAUAGACAAAGCGUUACGCGUUAAAAAGAGACAAUUGGAGUCUAUGCUAUCCAGGCCGUUGUUCCCGACGGGAUUCUCCUUCAAGUACCCAACUUUGAACGAUCCCGAUGCUCUACAAGUGACGUCAAACGAAAACGCAUUGCAGGUUAUGAAAAAUGCGUUGGAGUCCGGUAAGUUGAAAAGAGAUAAAAGGAAAGGCAAGAACGAAUCAUUGCUCAAUUUAGGGAAGGCUUUUAAGAAAACGGUGAAGAUUUAACUUAAUAUUUAUAGACUGGAAUAGAAAUAAAACGAUUUAUUACAAGCUGUU